AUGCGUAUUCUGUCUGUCUGUCUGUCUGUAACACUUGGUACAAAGUACCAUAGUCGUGGUACAAGUGACCAUUUUGGUGGUACAAAGUACCAUAGUCGUAGUACAAGUGACCAUUUUUAUGGUACAAAGUACCAUGGUCAUGGUACACGUGACCAUUUCGGUGAUACAAGUGACCAUUUUGGUGGUACAAGUGACCAUUUUGGUGGUACAAAGUACCAUGGUCGUGGUACACGUGACCAUUUUGAUGGUACAAGUGACCAUUUUGAUGGUACAAAGUACCAUAGUCGUGGUACAAGUGACCAUUUUGGUGGUAUAAAGUACCAUAGUCGUAGUACAAGUGAGCAUUUUUAUGGUACAAGUGAUCAUUUUGGGGGUACAAGUGACCAUUUUGGUGGUACAAAGUACCAUAGUCGUGGUACAAAUGACCAUUUGCAUGGUACAAGUGAUCAUACUCGUGGUAGAAAUGACCAUUUUUUUCAUGGUACAAAUAACCAUUUUCGUGGUACAAAAUAUCAUAGGCGUAGUACAAAUGACCAUUUUCAUGUAAUUGAAUUAUUACAAUGUUCAAAAUCAUCACCUGUUGCUACAAAUGAAUUUAGUACUAUCGAACAUCUUAUCAUUAAUCAUGAGAUUUCAAUUGAUCAACUUCCUAUUUUAUUAUCUUAUGUUCCACAACUACGUCAUUUAUCGAUUGGUAAUCUAAAGGAACCUAAAUUCAACCGAGCCGAAAGAGGUUCGAUAAGCUUAAAUUAUUUAAUAAAUGUUUCUCUUAAAUUACAUAAUAUUAAUUUUGAUGAUUUUGAAAUCUUAGUAAUAAUUUAUUUUCGUCAAAUUCAAAUUUUAACUAUUGCAAUACAGUAUAUUGGAUUUUAUGGUAAUAGUACACAAUAUUUAAAUGCUGAUCGAUGGGAACAAUUAAUUUCAACUCAUAUGUUAAAUCUACAACAUCAAUGGUUCUUUGAUCAUCAUUAUCAUCAAAUAAUAUGGUCGAAUGCUGCUAUCUUCUAUUCAAGAAAUCCAUAUAGAAAAGAUUAUGUAUUGUAUGAUGAACUAGUCGAAAAUAUCUGGUCAUCUCGUUUUGGUAUUAAUGAAGAUCCAAUUCAUCAUAUUUGUAUUCAUGGUAAAAAUAUGAUAAAAGAAUCCAUUGAUCAUUUUCCAAAUGCUACUAUACUUACAUUUUGUGAAACAUUUGAAGUAUGUUGUGAUUCAAUUGCCAUUGAUUUAAAUCGUUCUCUUCCAUUGAAACAAUUAACUAAAUUAACUAUUGAAUGUCAUCGUUUUUCUUUUGAACAAUUAAUAAAACUUUUACAAUUUACACCUAAUGUUCAUGUAUUAAAACUUGAUUCUAUAUUACUUUAUCGAACUGAUUCUGUUUCAAUUCAACAAAAUGAAUUAUCGAAAUUGGUAUCUAAUAUGAAUACUAUAACAAAAGUAACAAUUAGUAAAGAAAUUACGUUAGAAAAAAUUCAAUUACUUACUACUAUUUUUCUUCGAAUGGAAUAUCUUACUAUUAAUUUAUAUAAACAAGAUUUGCAACCAAUAGUUCCAUUUUUAUUAUCAAAAUCUAACAAUAAAACUCGUUAUUUAUCCUCAUUGUGUAUUUCACAGCAAUGUAAUGAUCUGAUGACAAUAUCGAAAACUUUAAUUAAAUCAAAAAACUUCUUCAUGAUUAUACUCUAA